CUAGGUAUGCACCGGAGGUAUUGGUCAACCCCAAAGUGUCUUGGGCGGUGCUCGUAAUCGGUGAGCGUCAGGAUCAAAAGCGGCGACGACGAUGACGAUUCGGCCGGCGUGGUGGCUUCGGUCAAAUGUAGGUCAUCGUCUAACUGUUCCACGUACCGUUCCCUCGAGGCCCAAGCGUUGAGCGUUCCUUCCCUAGCCGGUACCGCUUACAACGAUCCGCAGGUUCGAAAGACUCGGACACUCGGCUGUCGUCGACUUCUGGAGACAGCGGGGGACCGAUAAACUCACUCAGUCCUUCGGUAGGGCCUUCCACCAGCGGAAUCCCCUCCGCACUUGACCAGAAGAAGAAAUCCUGCGACGGUCUUCCUACUCAGUCGUUCAACUUCGCCGGUGGAGCGACGACUACGAUCCUCGGGAGUUUCUUUUUUGCUUUCGCAUCAAGCGAAUCUGUAUACAAAGUACUAGGCGUGAACAACCGGAAGUGAAGAGCGAUCGGGUAUAAAACGUAGAAAAGAUAAAAAAAAAAAUAAUAUUGAAUCAAACAAUCGAUCCACAUUCGACGAGGAUGUCCUCCGGGUGAAGACGGCGGUUGUUAUCUUCGCUCAGCAAAAAUUAUACUGCAACCUCGUGGACUUAGAAUCGAGAUGGCAUCCCGAGUGAGCGUGUCUUGGAAACUGGUCCUCGCGGUAGCGCUCGUUCGUUAUUCCGUCGCUGUGGAUCCCGCGACGAACGGUCGUCCAGCCGACGACAAAGAAAAACUUCGUCCCGGCGAUGGAGAGUCGAUGGCGAGGAUACGAGGUACCGACCUCGAUCUUGGCCUCGACCUUGACGCCACAUCCGAGGAGAGCGCACCCAGUGCGUCCGCCUUAAUUUCCGAGGGACUUCAGUUCAGGAUGCCCGGGCUAUUCGCCUUCAACGGGGGCAAACCAUUCUCUUUGGAAAAAGAUCCGAUAACUGGGAAAAUCGAUUUCGAAAAGGCUCCGCUGAAGAGCUUGAACUAUACCAACGUGGGUAAUUCGAACGCCACCGAGUACGACGAGUACGACGAAGAGUCCUACGUUACUGACGUACAGUCCGACGACAUAUACGACAAGAAGAACAUAGACAGAAAGGACGGCAGCGUCGACGGGACGCGACCGAACGAGAUAAAUCCUUACUCUCCGAGUUUUCACGAUUUUCUGAAUCUUCCGGUUCACUACAGCUCCGGAAAGUACAGUAAGGAGAAGUAUCCCCUCAUCUCGAGCUCGUACGCUAACACGAAAGUCCAAAGCGGACUGAACAGCUACAACACUUACAACCACAGACCCUACGUCGAUCCGGAGACUACGAUCAGACCUCCGUUGUACUUCACCACCCACAAAACUUACCUACCGAAAACGACUACCGCUUCCCCCAGCACUCAACGACCCACGCCGACGUGGUCCACCUCUCCGUCGAGCACGACGUCCACGACGACGACAACGACCACGACCACCACCACGACUCAAAGACCGAGUACAACGGUACCGAGCACACAAAAAACGACGACCGCCACGUGGAAGCCGACAACUUAUUCGCCGAAGUCAUCGACUGCUUACUCCUCGAUAAAACCUUCAUUCACAACGGACAGAUCUCAGGAUGACGGUUCCGCAGGAAUUUACGACGAGGGCUUCGAAUCGUUCAAACCAAUGCCGGAUAUCGGUUACGGCAAGAAACCUGUGAGUUCCAAUUUUCCGGUAUCCCAGAAUUCACACGGAAGGCCGAUAAUUUCGGAGGAGUACGACGAUGGCUACGAAUACGACAGCUUCGAAGAGGGCAGUUUUGACGAGCAUAACGAAAAAACACCGGCGUCUUAUCCGACCUCCACCGUGACCCCGAGUACGACUUCGCGAACGAUCUCCGUGACGUCGACCUCCGCCGAAAUGGAAAACCAGUCGUCUCCUGAACAAGGAAAAGUCAAAGAACAACCUCUGCGAAAAGAAGGAGCGAAUAACUCGUCGACGAAUUUUGCCAAGCAGCCAAACAUUGAUCAUUUUCACACCUCGUCCACCGGUCCACCGCCCACUUCGUUGCCACUGGGCGAUAAUCAUCCGGAAAAACCGUUUCAAUCCUACUCCGGUAAUCCUUUGAUGCAAAAUCCGUUGGAAACCACAGGCGAUAAGACUAACUAUAGAAAACCUGAGUCUGGUAACAAUCCUGUUAGAUUCUUCGAGCAUCCGAUUUUGAAUAACGUGAAUCCUGAUCUUUCUAUGGACGUAGGUUCGAGACCGUACGACAACGGGAACAGACAUAAUGCGAUAAGACCUCUGAACGUAAAUCCCAAUGGAAUGCAACAGGUCGAAAGUACCAGCAGCGUGAUAAUACCACCUGGGCAAGACACGGUUUCAUUCGUACUCGGUAAUCAACAAAACGUGGACGGCGGUCACUUUGUGGGCAGUGCUAUCAGAGAAAGUCCGUACGGCUCGAAGACCGAGGGAUCCUUCCAGCCCAUAUACAACAUACAGAACGGUGAACAACGUCCCACUCAGACGAUCGUUGUGCCCAAGAAACCAGUAUCGAGUGUACCGGUCGCUUUAGCUUCUGUCGCGGUCAAUCCUAAGCCGAUAUUUGUCACGGGUACGGGACAGUCGAAACCGAGUCUCGUCAAUAACGUUGAACAGCACACGUUCAAUUUUAACUCUCAGAACAGACCGUAUCCUCCGAAAAUCAACGGAGUCGAGCCGCCGAGUCCGAGUUCGCCACCAUCUUUUGCCAAUGUAUCACCCGGACCCUACCAAGAAACGCAUCCCAACAAUCCGUCCUCGACUUUAACCGGGUCCGCCAUCCCGGUGAGAUUGAACGUCGCUCACACGCAGAGCGGUCCCUCGGAAAAUUCACUGAAUUUGGGAGUUAGAACGUCCCUGACUGGGCCCAAUCACAGCGGUAGCGCGGGUCUGAGACCCUUCCAAAGUGAUGCCGGAAACGUCAAAAACGUCGCGGUAGAAGCCUCCUUGAAUCUUGGGACGAGGCCGUCUUUGGAGGUGUCGUCCAACAUCGACAGAACGCAAAACGAAGACGUUAACAACGCUGCGAUCGGUAAUCAUAACGAGAAUUCCCAUCAACACGCGCAGAGCGGAUACGUCGUUUUUCCGGGCAACAGUAAUCAAGACAGACCGGUUGAAGAACACGUGAUAGUCAUCAACGAAGCUGACGGAUCCGUACAAGAAUUUUCGCCGACGAUCAAGGGUACGCCGCCACUCGUCCGUCCCCAGGAACACGAAGAGAAUUUGCCAAAACUGUCGGAAAAUUUGACGCCGCCCGACAAGCCGAUCGACAGACCGUUGGAAAGACCGUCGGGACCGUAUCCCCCGAGACCUUUCGACGGACGUCCGAGACCGUACAAUUAUCCACCGAGGCCGGAUUAUCUCAGACCGCCCAGGCUUCCGCCUCAUUCGAAACCCGGGCCCAACGAUGGCAGUUUCAAGAGGCCUCCGCUCGACUCGAAAUUGCCCAAUAUUUUACCGCAAUUCAGGCCCAACGCGAAAUCGUCCCACGGACAUCACGGUUCCGAAUUAAUCGGCACGAUACCUGCUCCCUAUGGUCCUGGGAGGCAACCGAUGCUGGGCAGAAGACCUCCACCGCCUUAUUUACAGAGAUUGAGUCCUCCACCACCACCACCGCCGCACGCUUUGAGAUUAGUUUCCGAGGGUGAUUCAGGAUUUCGCGAAUCCGUAGGAAAAGAUGCCGCGAAAUAUCAAGGGUCUCAUCUGCAUGGUCCUCCGAGUACCGAAAAUCAGCGAUUUCGCGGCCCGGGGAACGAGGGUCAACAAUUUUUCAACGUUUCCCCCGACAAGGAGCGAUAUCAGGACUCGGGGCCACCUCACAAACGAUUUCGCAUACCCCCAGGAUCGCCGAGCGAAAGAUACCAAGGCUUUCCUGGCGCGGAGGGCGACCGGUUUUCGGAACAAAAAUUAAGGCGCAACGACGAAACGGAGUCAGACGAGGCUUCGGGGUUUGAAAAGUUCUCCGCCGAACCGCCGCAGAUACCGUCGCGACCCUUGCUAAACAGACGGUCCAGUGCAGACUACAGGGAGGUCCCUCAAGUCGCCACUCUGCAGAUGAUACAACAACAAGGAGGACUCGAUGAAAGUGUGAUCAAGCCGAAUUUACCACCACCGUUCAGAGUGAAAUUCAGUAAAGACGACGAUGUUCUCGACGACGGUGCGGAUGGUUCCGUCGACGUAGUCGACAACAAAGAAGAAAAGCGACCGGUCUAUGUGGUGUAUCCUGUGAAUUCCGCCGUCAACAUCAAGGACGAUGUUCAAAACGACGACGAAAGCGUUGUCGUUGGUACCAGAGGACCGCAUCGUCCCUUACCCCCCGAUACCCUAUCAUCCGUGGAAGAUGACGAAGAAAAUGGUGAAGUAGUUCUGCCUCUUUUGAGAGACAGACCCCUACUGCGACCUCAAAGUAGACCCUAUUCCAAUACGCCGAUAAAAUCCGAUUUUCCCUAUCCUCUGGAAAGGCCCGAUCCCUCGUUGUUGAUAACGCGUGAAAAACCAUUGCUCGUACCUAGCGAUAAAAUCGACGAAGAACGAGACGAUGAAGUGCAAGAGGAUAACGAAGAUGAAGAUGCAACGAAACACGAUGACACGAGUAUCAAUCUUAUACCGUAUCUGCAGGACUAUAUGCCGUUCCCAAUGAGGAAAACUGAGACUCCAGCUCUGGCUGCUAAGCCGUCGAAAUCCGAAAGCCCUUGGCCCCUCGGAGAAUCGGAUUCGCGAAUAAUUUCAAAGCCAAGCUCGUCGGACAGCGAAUCUUCGGUGUAUAACAGGGCUCCGAUAUCCGUCACAUUGAAAACCAUGCCACUGACGACCGUUACGCCGAUCGCGUACGCUUAUACUCCGACCGACGACACCCCGGAAUAUCCGAAACUAGGAAUCAGACCGUCCGAGUUGAUUGAAAUAAUGCCAAGUCAGCCGAAACAGGAUAAAAAUGAUCAAAAUCCCGUACUACCAUCGCAGCAGCCGUCGAGUUCAUCGAGUUCUGCACCUUCGCCGCAAAAUUUCAUGGCCCCUUUUAUGGCCAGUGUGAGUGCGGAAACUCCUUCCAGCAACGGUUGGAACGUCGUAGCCAAACCUGACACAGCCAACGACCGUUCAGACGAUUCAAAGGAUCAGGAGCAAGAAACGCAAACUGAACAAAGCGAAUUUGAUAUAGAAAACUUCAAACCUCAACUUUUCGGGGGAUUUAAACCGAUCUACGAAUUCCCAGUGGAAAGCGAAUCCGCGUCAACGGUUACCGAAAUCCCUGAUCCCGCGAAGGAUAACGAAAAUUAAGGAUGGGGUUGUAGUCUAGGGCCGAGUAAUCUCCAUGGCAAAUGCAUGAUCGUGAACUGAAAUUUUUUUUUUCGAUCGGAGUACGAGUUUCAGUCAGAUCGUUAGGCUUAUUUUUUACGAAAAGA